AUGACCACAAUGCAAGAAUCCUGGUACUCUCUCCCCUGCGAUGGGCGCGCCAGCGACAUCCAAGUCGUCCCAGACAACCUCCCCGGCUACGUGGUCGUCACGCCCCCCAUCAACAACGCCGGCGCCGAGCGCUUCCGCGCCUGCUGCUGGGGCGAAGUCUACAACGUCACGGGCCCCACAGACCCCUCGCACCCAGCCUACCCCGUCUCCUGCGGCCUUGUCUGCCAAGUGCAUCCAGACUGGAAGUUCGGCGGUGCGAACUUUGACAACCCGGAUGGCAUGUCGGACCUGAUGCUCUGCUGGUCGGACGGCGGGCGGAUUGAGGAGUCCAGUGACGAGAUUCCGAGGGAUUGUUACGGCUGGAUGAAUACGCUUGUGGAUGAGCCCGCGCCGUCGAGGUACCCGUCGACGCCGGUCUUUGAUGACUGGACGUCGUAUUGGACGUUCCAGGUAGAUAGUACUGCGUUGGGGCCACAUUGGGAGUCGGACCAUCCGUUUCGGACGACUUGGUAUCGGAUUGCAGAGCAGCCUUCUGCUGUUGAGCAGGAGACUUCGGCGACGGCGGGCGGGGAUGGAAGGGCUUCUACUGCAUUGAUUGCGACUGCAGCUACGGAGACCGGGUUUGAGUCCCCCUCGGCGGUGAUUGGCGCCUCGGAGUCUCCUUUCACAACAGGAGCGCCUACGUCUUCACCUGUUGAGGAAGACAAGGUAUUGACGUCGCGUGCGACAAGGAUUGGCUUGAAUAGAGUUUUGAUAGCACUUCUGGCUCUCUACUUUGUAUACUAAAAGACGUCCAUCCCCUUCACGUCGAGAUUUAACCAGAUCCCAGAAAUCGUGGACACUGUCCUGAUGAGUGCAUUGACAAGGAGCAUAUCCAGCCCCAUACAAGUGAUGCCUGUGUGGGAAUAUAGUGGCAGGUCUCGGAUAUCAACAUGGUAGUGUGGG